AUGCGUUACUCACAGACAAGCAGUUCUUGCCGCAACUCUGCUGGACCUUCAGGUAAGCAAGAGCUUCCUGCAGAGUUGCAGUGUGAAGACAAAGAAACCUGUGAGUCCUACUACCAGAAGGGAGGUGAGAGUACAGCUGGGGUAUUUGUCCCCUCCAGUACCAACUUCGACCUGCAGUAUGAAGAUAAAGAUUUAGAGCACUGUUCCUCUGAGAGGUCCAAGAAACCGCGGAGAAGACUACGUGAGGGCAAUGAAAACACCGUUCUUGCUGAUGUGUUUGAUGAGGACCUGGAGCCUGUCUCUGGGGAAGCUUUGCUGUAUCGAUGCAAGAAGUGUGGUUCCUCUUUCCAGGGCGUGAGCGAGCUGCAGGAGCAUAAGCGAACUCACCUCGUGGAAAACUCGUACCGGUGUCCUGUCUGUGCCAAGGAGUUCUUCCGUGCGGCAAAUCUGCGCAUGCACAAGCUCAUUCAUUCUAGUGACAGGCCACACAAAUGUCCGGAGUGUGACAAGGGUUUCAUUCGCACGGCUGAUGUCUGGAGGCACCUGCGCAACGUGCACAAGAUAGAGCGCUCCAUGGUGAUCCUGGCAAACGGCAUGGCGAGGAACCCGUGGUCCGUCGUGCACCGCCACCAGCACGCUCUGGAGUACGCCCAUCAGCCCUGUGCAGGAAACCAAAAGUCUGAGGAAGAUGACUACAAACCUUAUGCCUGUCCAACAUGUGGCAAAAGUUUCGACAAGCCUAACCUGCUUUCCAAACACAAGGUGAUCCACCGACAGGACAAGCCCUAUAAGUGCCAGGAAUGCGGCAUGGCCUUCGUCCAGCUGCUCAGGCUGAAAAGACACCAGCAGACUCAUUCUGGGGCACGUCCCUUCUAUUGUGAGGAGUGUGGAGGGACGUUCACCCGGCUGGCAUCGCUGCAGCGCCAUCACCGCAUCCAUACUGGAGAGAAGCCCUACUCCUGCAGUUACUGCGGUCAUUCCUUCACCGAGUCGGGGACCCUGCGGCGGCAUGAGCGCACUCACAAACUGGACAAAUCUUAG